AUGGUUAAUUAUUCUCAAUGGUUAGGUGAAGUCAAUGAUGAUGUUUUAAUCUCAUCAUUAUCAAUUCCUGGUACACAUAAUUCAGCAGCUUCACAUACUGCAUUACCAUCAGUUCAAUGUCAAGGUAAAGAUGUUGGUGAACAAUUAAAAAAUGGUGUUAGAUUUUUUGAUAUUAGAGUUUCUAAAAAUGUUUUAAAAAGUGAUGAAAAUGAACAAAAAGAUUUAAUUGUUAUUCAUGGUAAAUUUCCUGUUAAAUUAUUAGGUAAUGUUUAUUUAAAAGAUGUAUUAUCUGAUGUUUAUAAAUUUUUAGAACAAAAUAGAUCAGAAACUGUUAUUGUUAGUAUUAAACAAGAAGGUAAUGGAGAAUGGGAUAAUGAUAAUGAUGAAUUUGGUAAUUUAAUUUGGGAUAAAUAUAUUAAUCCAAAUAAAGAUCGUUGGUAUUUAAAUACACAAAUUCCAAGAAUUGGUGAAGCAAGAGGUAAAGCUAUUAUUUUUAGAAGAUUUGGUGUUAAGAAUGAAGAUCGUAAAAGAGAAUUUGGUAUUGAUGCAGCAUGGUGGACAUAUAAUACCACAAAUGAUGAUCGUGGUACAAUUCAAGUUCAAGAUUGGUGUGAACUUUCAAGUGCUGAAGAUAUUUCUAAAAAAGCUCAAUAUAUUAAAGAUUUAUCCAAGAGAGCUGUGGAACAUAAUUCAACAAAUUCAAAUGAUCCAAAAUUAUUUAUAAAUUUUUGUUCAGGUUCAAAUUUCUUUGAUCCAAAUUGUUGGCCAUCAAAGAUUGCUGAAGGUUUAAAUCAAAAUAAAAUUGAAGAAGCUUUUGGUAAAGGUAAUGGUGUUAUUAUUUUAGAUUAUGCAGAAUCAAAUAACUGGAAAUUAGUUAAAGAAUUGGUUGAAAAGAACUUUUGA